UGGACAAAACUGCAAACAGUUAGCCUUUCCCUUCUCCCUCGCUCUCUCUCUCCCUCUCUCUGUCUCUCUCGCUCUGUGGCGGUGGGCUCAUGAAUCCCUCUUCCCAGGACUUGGAGCGGCUCUGGAUCGAAGAGGUCCGCUACCUCCACUCUCUCUGGCGUGCCGGCCCUCCUCCAAACCGCACCAGAAACCCCAACCUUCGCCCCCUCGACGCUCCAGAGUUGAAGAAGGAGAAGAAGAGGAAGAAGAGGGAGGGAGGGGAGAAUAAUAAGGAUGAAAAGGAGGAGUGUGGAGAGAACCCAUCGACUAAUUCCGGCGCUGAAUGGCCAAAAAAUCCCUCCCCACCUCAUGUUCCUCCCGACGCCACCUGGGAGGAAGCUAUCACCGCGACGGCCGCCCCAUUGGUGCCGUCUGCGGAGGAGAUCGCGACAUUGGCCGCAGUCCGGUUGCAGCGGAGUGCUGCCAAGGCUUGCGAGGAGAUCCUCGCGGUGAAGGACGAGGAAAUGGGAGAUGGAGAUCAAGACGAAACAGAGAGGCUUGGAGAGGAGGAAGCGUUCUUGUUCUUCCUGGGUUUUUUCAGGAAGGAAGAGGAGGUAAGGAGGUACUAUGAAGGGAACGCGGAGAAGGGGGACUUCUUCUGCCUCGUCUGUUUGGGUGUGGGAGAGAAGUUGUCGAGGAAAUACUGCAGCUGCGUCGCGUUGGUUCAGCAUGCCAACUCGGUGACGAAGACGAAGACCAGAGACGCUCACAAAGCGUACGGAAAGGCCAUUUGCCGGGUUAUGGGAUGGGACUUUAGUCGGUUACCGAGCAUCGUUCUGGAUAUGCAGGGGCCUCUUUGUCCUCCGGCGCCUCCAGUUUCGAGUUAACAGUUGCUGAAUUUGGUGGGUUUCGAUGCAUAACUUAUGAUGGGCGUCAUGGUGCAUCACAAUUUCCUCAACAUUUGGACGAGCUGCUGCAUUUGGAUCAUCAUUUGAAUUGUAGGAGGGAGCGACUGUGUACAUGUCACAUUAGCCGAAGGUGUUGCUAUGAAUCGACAGGAACCUCUUUCCUCAGUGCUUGCUGCUUCUUGAGAUCAUUGGAUGAACCACAAAUAUAAUGACUUGGACUAUUCAAACUUGUUAGAGGCCUUCCGUAUAUUGGGACUUUCAUAAGAACGAGUAAAGUUGCCAUAAAGUUCAUCUUGUCAGAAUUAGAAGUGGACAUAUUAUUUGAAGUGACUAUGAUGAAGAUGAUGGUGAAACAUCCCUUGGCAUUUCAAGCUACUAUUUUGAGAAGCCUUUUGUUUAAAAGUUCUCUUAUAUUGUAACUGAUAAUCUGAACCCCCUUUCUAUUACCUUCUAUAAGCUUUGGUUUAUGUAACAUGGGCCAUGAACUAUGAUGAUUCAGUCAUGAUAGAAUUGAUGCAGUAAAGCUGGUUUUCCUCUUA